AUGAUAUUUUUCAACCAAUCUUUGAAGUCGUUCUUCAAUUACUUUGUUACAGCUUUCACAGAAUGUGGAGGGGAAGGCUUAUCUGAGGACAUCUACAUAACAAUCCCAGUAACUGAAGGAAUAGCUGGAUAUCGCUUGUUUAAUGGAACUCAUCAAUUUGGCUCAAAGGCUGAUUCCCGUGGCGUCAUAGUGAAAAUGGAACGGGGAGAUAGAGCAGGAUUGCGCGAUUGCUGGCGGAGCCGAUUUCGAGACUAUCUCGGGAAGUACCACAUUUUGCUGACUACCGACAUGAUAGACCGAUUCGUCGUACAAGAAAUUUUGGAGUCGAAAUGUGUAGCCGGACUGAUAGUUACCGAUCCGGAGACGAAAGUAGAACCUGCAGAACCUCUUUCUCAUGACGGAGUUUGCCCAAAUCGUCACAGUGAUGUGUAUGGAGAUGAGUGCCUUGCUGCUUAUGCAUGGAACGAUAAAGGCUUUGUUCUACCAGAUGGUCUACGUAAUAUUGAUUGGAAAAUGCAGAUCUUAUAUGUCUACAAUAAGACCUACGUCGAGACUAUCAAAAAGUGUUAUGAUUUAUACAACGUACCAAAAAAUGACUCUACUUCGGUGUCCUUCCCACUUUGUGCUGCAUCCUUCGGUGUAUUCAGUACGGCGGCAGGUUCAACUGAAAUUUGUUAUCGAAGAAGCAAACCGUGGUCACGAUUGCUAGACCUGAGUAUUGAGAACAGAGAUCCUUUGGUUGGUGUCAACAUCCUCUCCUAUCUUCCUCCCAAAAUAUACAAGGAGUCGACUCCGGCACACACUCUCGACAGCUUUGGAUUGAUUCCUGAGAUAUCACCUGGGGAAAUCAGCGUCCUUACAUCUGUUAUCGCCCUUCUGGCAGCAGCCAAAACUAUUGGAAUGCAUUCAGAUAUUUUUGAGAAGGCGGCCAACGUUUCAAACCGUCAUGUGAUUGCUGCAUUCUUUGAUGGGGUACUCUCGUUAUUUCUCAUCUCUCUGUUUGCAGCCUCCUAUUAUCUUUUCUUUAUUUGUAUUUUUUUGCGUUAUUACAUUUUGGAGAAAUUGACUUUGGAAGUGCAACAAUUGGGAAUUGGUGAUGGUAUGAAGCUGUUUGCCCAUGCUGACGGGCAACAAUUCCAUCGUGGAGAGGUUGGUGAUGAAGCGCCUUUAUUUUCGAUCGCUGGAGGGGGCGUGGUGCUGCCUCCAUCUGAGAAUUCUCGAAUGCCACCAUCCAGCUGGCAUCCAUUUUUUCGAAUCGCUUCUUCCAUUCGUGGCAUAGUGUUGGCUCCGUUUCAAGAGAAAUACGAGUAUAGGCGUAUUAACUCGAUGCUUGAUCGAGCUCAAUGGAAUUCAACCCAGCGUUCUAUCGCGAUUUCUCAAGUAGCCAUAGCGGCUAGUGCUUUGGUACGAGCUGCUGGAGAUCAUGUCGACUCAAUGGAGGUCGUCUCAAACCGUCAUCUGGUACCUCUUAUCCAUCCUAUUCCAUUUUUUCCCAUUUUUAAGCGUAUUUUAUUCAUUAUGCGUUCAAAGCGAGCCAUGGGCAGCAGAACAAUGGCAAAAUAUGAGAUACUGAACCAGUAUUACAAAGACGAGGAACAGAUAUUUAUUACCUUUCUAGGGUUUUAUGCGGGAAAAUCCACUUAUGUUUCUGCUGGCUAUCGCAAUCCUGUUCGCUUCUUUGUGGAAUGGCUCGCGAUUUACGCGACUGGCUCAACGUCUUAUACCAGCAAUGUGAAGGAUAAGAAUACUUGCGACGACUUGGGAGGAGAUCAAAAUGUGUAUGUAUAUACGUGGCAAGCGGACCCGCAAACAGGAGCCUUUUAUUGUUAUCGUUCAUCUGUGGAUGUGUACCAAGUUAAUUCACCCGCCCAAUCCCUUUCAGAUUAUGACUUUACCAAUCGGACGUUUUCUACGUGGACCGAAUCACUGUAUAGUAUUGAAAACCUUCAGCUUUAUUUAGUCGAGCGCGAAUCAUUCGAAAUUAUAAUGCUCUUUCUGGGUAUACUACUGUCCUUAAUCUCAUUUUUGGUAUAUAGUAGGUCGCUGCACAGAUGACUCGUUCAUUAUUGACGAAGGCGAACGGCUGGCAAAAGAAGGGGAACCGUUGUAA